UGCUAUGCCAUGCUCUAUGCUACGAUGUUUUUAAAUCAAAAUAAAUUGAAAAUUUUCACCCUGUAAUAUGUUUAGACGUAGAAUCAUGAGGAUAGUUUUUCAAGGAAAAUCGUCAUUCGGCACAGCGAAAGGCAUUUUUAGAACACAAGAUUGGAAAUUAUGUUCUCGUCAUUUCAAUGUUGAACACUUAAAUUUAGUCAAACCACUAAAACUCUACUUGUUAAAACGACAAGACAUUCAAACACAUGCAGUUCUACGAGGUAUGGAGGAAGUCAAAGCUCCAACUUUUCCUGAUUCAGUGACCAGCGGAGACGUCAAAUUGAUAAAGAAAGAAGGGGAUGCAGUCGCCAUGGACGAGGUGGUUUUGGAAAUAGAGACGGACAAAACAGCUUUACCGGUAAUGUCGCCGGGCCACGGGAAGAUCGCCAAGAUGCUGGUCAAGGACGGGCAAGCAGUCAAGUCGCAGCAACCGCUGUUCACGGUUGACGUAACUGGGGUAGCACCAGCAGCGGCCCCGGCAGCCAAGCCCGCCGCUGCAGCUGCCCCACCACCGCCGGCCGCAGCCGCACCAGCAGCCGCACCUGCACCCGUGCCAGCAGCCGCGCCCGCACCAGCUCCUGCUACAACGAAACCAGCUGCAGCUACUGUUGUGAAGAAAGUCGCCGCGCCCGCUGGACCUACUCCAGCGGCAUUGAAAAUCGGCGAUCCCACCAAAACUAUUUCGGGCACCCGCACCGAACAGCCAGUAGCUAUGAACAAAAUGCGAAAACGUAUAGCCGAGAGGCUGAAAGAGGCGCAGAACACUACGGCAAUGUUGACCACGUUCAAUGAGUGUGAUAUGAGUAAACUUAUGGCAUUCCGGAAAGCCAAUCUCGAAACGUUUACGAAGAAAUACGGCGUCAAGUUAUCUUUCAUGUCGCCAUUUUUAAAAGCUUCGGCCAAUGCACUCAUGGAUCAGCCGGUCAUCAACGGCGUUAUAAUGGGCGAUAACAUUGUUUACAGAGAUUACGUGGACAUUUCUGUAGCAGUCGCUACCCCAAAAGGCCUGGUGACCCCUGUAGUCCGAAAUGUGGACUCCAUGGACUUCCCCAGAAUUGAGCUUUCUAUCGCUGCACUAGCAGAAAAGGCAAGAAAUGGGCGGCUGACGCCAGCUGACAUGCAAGGCGGCACGUUCACGAUCAGCAACGGCGGCGUGUUCGGCUCGUUGCUCUCCAUGCCCAUCAUUAACAUGCCGCAGUCUGCGAUACUGGGCAUGCACGCAAUUGUGCAGCGACCCGUUGCCGUGGCAGGAAAGGUGGAAAUUAGACCAAUGAUGUACUUGGCUCUAUCGUACGACCACAGAUUGAUAGAUGGCCGUGAAGCUGUGAUGUUUCUACGAAAAGUGAAAUCCGGAGUGGAAGAUCCUACGUCGAUUCUAGCUGGGAUUUAAUUCAAGCUCUAAGAAUAGCGCAUGAAGGCUAAUUCUGUUCAUACACAUUGUCUAAACACAUAAUUCUUUACACAUUCUCUAAAAUUGUUUUCCCUUUCGUUUUGCUCCCUUCGGAAAAGGAUGGCAUUCGAUUCAAACCUGUCAAUUUAGUUUAUACUAGACUCUAGAGAAUUGUGUACAAUAGAAUAAUUAGCUACAAUAUUACAGAGAGUGUACAACGUAUAGUUAAACUAGAUGAUGCCCGCGACUUCGUCUGCGUGUAUUUAAGUUUUAUAA